UUUUUUAAACAUCUUCAGUAAAAAAUAUAAAUUUUUUCCGCAGUCAAACUUCGUGCAAUAAUCAAUUGUGUUUAAAAAUUGCAAGUGAUUGCAUCGAUUUCCAAAUCAACCAAAUAUAAAUAGAAAAAUGACCGCUGGUGAGGUAAUUGUUGAUAUUUCAGGCGAUGGUGGUGUCAAAAAGGAAAUCCUUAAAGAAGGUACUGGCUCAGAGACACCGGGUAAUGGCUGCAAAGUGUCAUUACAUUAUACCGGCAAAUUGACCGAUGGAACUAUAUUUGAUUCAAGCGUUGGUCGUGGACAACCGUUUGAAUUCAAUUUGGGAAAAGGCAGCGUCAUUAAAGCUUUCGAUUUGGGGGUGGCUACCAUGAAAUUGGGUGAAAAGUGUAAUUUAAUUUGCGCCCCCAAUUAUGCUUAUGGUGAAGCGGGUAGUCCACCCAGUAUACCACCAAAUUCAACAUUAAUAUUUGAGCUUGAAAUGCUAGGUUGGAUGGGUGAAGAUAUUAGUCCAAAUAGUGAUGGAAGCAUUGAACGUUUCAUUGUGGAAAGUAGCGAGAAGAAACGUACACCAAAUGAGGGAGCAUUUGUAAAAGCUCACAUUACCGGCAAAUAUGAAGACAAAGUUUUUGAAGAUCGCGAUGUUGAAUUUGAUUUGGGCGAAGGUAGCGACAUUGGUCUCAUAGAGGGUGUUGAAAAAGCCAUGGAAAAAAUGGCUGUUGGUGAAGUUUCUAGAUUUAAAAUUAAGCCCACAUAUGCCUUUGGUACCAAAGGCAAUGAACAAUUUAAUAUACCAGCAAAUGCCACCGUUGAAUAUACCAUAAAACUAAAUGAUUGUGAAAAGGUUAUGGACGAUUGGAGAUAUUCGAAGGAAGAACGUUUUGAGCAUGCAAAGAUCUAUAAAGAAAAGGGUACAAAGUAUUUCAAAAAGGAAAACUAUGCAUUGGCAAUAAAAAUGUAUAAAAAAUCGGUCAACAUUUUGACUGAUGAAAACAAUGAUGAAGAAUGUAACAAAUUAAGAGUAGCUGCUUAUAGUAAUCAGGCUUUGUGUUAUCAAAAGACUAAUGAACAAUUUGAAGGCAAACAUGCUUGUGACGAAGCCUUAAAAUUGGAACCCAAUAACAUUAAAGCUUUAUAUCGUCGUGGCCAAUGUAAUUUGGCUACAAACGAAUACAAGGAUGCUUUAGUCGACUUCCAAAAAGUGUUGGAAUUGGAACCCUCAAAUAAGGCGGCUCAAAAUCAGAUACAAAUAUGUAAACACAAAAUUAAAGAAGCCAAUGACAAGGAAAAGAAAAUCUAUGCCAAUAUGUUUGCAAAAAUGGCAGCUGCCGACAAAGAGCAGGAAAUACCCGACGAAACGGAUGUUCUUUCCAAAUGCGGCGAAUGGACUGAUGAGGAUACAAAACGAGAAGUUGAUCGUGCAUUCGAACGUGAUAACAAUAUUGUUAUGAUCUAAAUAUUAAGAAAGUUUUUGAAUUUGAAUUGUAAUACCAACAUAAUUACUUACAUUAUUGGGAAUUCCAUUAAAACUUCUUAAUUGUAUAAGUUAGUUUUUAAACAUCAAUAUUUGAUUACACUUUUUAUUUCAAUAUGAAUUAUUGUAAUGU